AUGAUCUCUUUGCCGCCAUUAGCAAGGGUAGUCCUACUAAAUCUAAUGCUAAUUGGUGUAGUAGUGGUUACUGCCAUCGACCUCAAGGCUAUCUGCAAAACCACAUUGUACCCAGAUUCGUGCUUCAAUAGGCUCGCUCCCAUUGUCGACUCGCAAGUUGACAACGUUGGACACCACGAACUGUACAGGUUGUCCAUUGGAGUAGCGAUUACAGAGGUCUUGGGCGUCGCCAAUGGAUUCCUCAAACUAGAAGAGGAGUUCAAGAAUGUGUCAGAUGUCAUGUCUUUAAGCGCGCUGAAAUACUGUCGCAAAAUGCUAGAUACCCGUGCGGUUACUAGUCUCAAAGAUUGUUUGGUCACGCCUAAUAAUGGUAAGCCGACAACCGAAAGGAUUGAGGACCUCAAAACGUGGCUAACCGCCGCCGGGGUCUACCACCAGACAUGCAUCGACGCGUUUGAGGAGGCAAAGGACGAGGUGCUGAGACAUGCGGUUUUGGAACAACUCAAGAGUUCGAUAGAGUUGACGAGUAAUAGCUUGACGAUCUUGUAUACAUUUGAAGAAUCCUUAGCUAGUAAACCACGAUUGGGGAUGGGUUCGAGUGGCAUGUCGAGGUGGAUUUCUAAGGCAGAAAGAAAGAUACUUGAAACCCCGUUGAAAGACAUACAUAUUGAUAUUGUAGUAGCUAAAGAUGGGUCGGGAAAUUUCAAGACCAUCGGAGAUGCCCUUAAAGUCGUACCCACUGAUGGUACUAGGUUUGUGAUGUAUGUCAAAGCGGGAACUUAUUAUGAGAUUCUGAAAGUUGAUUCUACCAAAUCCAACCUUAUCAUGAUUGGUGACGGAAUGGACGCUACAAUUAUUUCCGGCAACCUUUGCAAGGAUCGUGGCAUUGGGUCAUACGAUACCCCAACAAUUGCUAUUUCCGGCGCAGGUUUCAUAGCUAAGAACAUGGGAUUCAAGAACACAGCCGGCCCUAAAAUGGGGCAAGCGGUGGCGCUGAGGGUGGAAUCAGACAAGGCAGUCUUCUACCAAUGCAAAAUCGCCGGCUACCAAGACACCCUCCUCGCUCAAGCCAAUCGCCAGUUCUUCUACCAAUGCAAAAUCUACGGCACAAUCGAUUUCAUCUUCGGCUACUCCGCCGCCGUCUUCAAGAACACCCAAAUCCUCAUCCGCAACCCCGCGCCGAACAUGGUAACCGUCAUCACCGCCCAGGGGAAAUACGAGCCGGCGGCCAACUCCGGCUUCUCCUUCAUAAGCUGCACCAUCUCGGCGGCGGAGGAUAUCGGAAAUUGCCCCACGUUCCUAGGCCGGCCCUGGAAAGAUUACUCCACCACGGUUUUCUCGUACUCGGAUAUGGGAAACCUUAUUGAUCCCAAAGGUUGGUGUGCUUUCGGCGACAAGAAGCCGGACACGAUUUACUACGGCGAGUAUAAGAACUCCGGCCCCGGAUCGCCGACCGGGCAAAGGGUACGCUGGAAGGGAGUGCAUUCAAGAAUGAGAUUUGCUGAAGCUAACAAGUUUAGUGUCGAUGCUUUUAUUGAUGGCGGGGAUUGGAUUCCAGGAACGGGUGUUCCCUCGUCAAUCCAUUCAAGGAAGUUAUUAAUAGAUUAA